AUGGCGAGUUUGUUCCCGUGUCCCGCUCCGCAGAGCCUCAGAUCUUACACUGGCAGCACACGGGGACACAGCAGCUAGACUGGGAGCAGCAGGGCUUGAAGCAACUGGACUGGCAGCAGGAGGGCUUACAGCAGCUGGACUGGCAGCAGUAGGGCUUGCAGCAGCUGGACUGGGAGCAGGAUGAUCCACAGCCUGAAGAGCAGCAGCAGGGCUUAUAGCAGCUGCACUGGGAGCAGCCACCAGAGCCACAGCCCCCUUUGGAGACCCCACAGGAGCCACAGCCCCCCUUGGAGCCUCCACAGGACCCACAGCCCCCCUUGGAGCCCCCACAGGAGCCACAGCUGGUGCAGGAACAGGCUGGCACACAGCAGCACACGGGUUUGCAGCAGCAGACGGGCACACAGCAGCUGGAGCCACAGCCCCCACAGCCAGAGCCACAGCCCCCAGAGCUGGAGCCGCAGACUCCAGAGCAGCCACAGCAGAGCAUGGUUCUGGUGGAUUGAGGGUGGAGCAGGUAGAGGAGCAGGUGAGAGGGAGGUGCAGGUGUGGAGCCACCUGAGCCUGGACCCCGUUAUAUCCCUGGCCACUUCCUCCUUGGAACUGGACCUUGUACUGAACUGA